AUGAGGCGAAAUUCAAUGCCACUUUGUAUUCUACACGCAUACCUUCACUACCAAAUUGGCCUAACUGCCUCACCUGCCCUCUGCCAGGACCUGCCUCCUUCGCCCCUUACAGCACCUAACGCACAGCCUCCUCCCAGCGAGCCGGGCUUCAGCAGCAUCAGCCCGGCGCUCGCACCCCGGCCCCGCGCCCUGCGGCCACGGUGCGCUCGGGACCCCGGAGACCUCCCCUCCCCGGCCCGGGGCUCCGCUCCAUCCCCUCCGCUCGCCCCUCCAGGGCCGGGCGCGCGGCACCGUCUCCCCCCGCAGCGCGCGCGGUGCAGCGGCCCCGGGUCCCGGAGCCCCAGCCCUGCCGCUCCCGGCCCUGCACCCCCGCAGGCUCCCGAGGUCCUGGCGCUGCGCGGGCUCCUUCCCGCUCCUCGCGGGCGCGAGGCUCCAGCACCCUGCUCCUCUCCUGCAGCCCGCGGCCGGCGCCGCGAACCCCCACCUCACUCACUUCCCGGCCGGAGCUGGGGACGUCGAGAGGGUCUCGGGCGGCCGCAGCCUCCUCCGCCUCCUCCGGCCCGGCCCCGGCGGCUGAGGUGGCGGCGGCGCCCGCUCAGGCCCCGGAGCCGCCCCCGCGGGGAACGUUCUCAGGCGCCCGGCUCGCGCAGUUUCCCCGCCCGGCACGCGCAGCAAGCCCGCCCCCGGCGCGAGGGCGCGAGGGCGCGAGGGCGCAGGGCGGGGGGCGGGCACGCGCCGCCUGCGCGAGCGCGCGGCCGGGGGCGGGGCUUCCGCCGCGCGGAGGAGGGGGCGGGCAAGCGGGCCGAGUUCCCUCCGAACCCCGCCCCCUGCGGCCGAGCACGACCCAGGCGCCCCCCCCACCCCAGCUCCCAGGCUGGCGUGCGGACGCGCAGGGGAAACCUGCCCCCUUCGGGCUGGUCCCGCACGCUGGCGGCGGGCGGCGGAGGUGCGUUUCAAUUCCACAGGUAUGUGCCGGACAGCUGGAUACUAGGCGCGCCGUGA